AUGGGAACAAAUAACCAGACAUGGAUGAGAGAAUUUAUUCUCCUUGGCCUGUCCAGUGACUGGGACACACAGGUCUCCCUCUUUGUCCUGCUCUUAGUCAUGUACUUGGUGACAGUGCUGGGAAACUUCCUCAUCGUUCUUCUCAUCAGACUGGACAGCCGACUCCACACUCCCAUGUAUUUCUUUCUCACCAACCUCUCCUUCGUUGACGUCUCUUAUGCCACAAGCAUCGUUCCUCAGAUGUUGGCACAUCUUCUUGCAGCCCAUAAAGCAAUGCCAUUUGUGAGCUGUGCCGCCCAGUUAUUCUUCUCCCUGGGCUUGGGUGGGAUUGAGUUUGUUCUACUGGCAGUGAUGGCCUAUGACCGCUAUGUGGCUGUGUGUGACCCCCUGCGAUACUCGGUCAUCAUGCACGGAGGGCUCUGUACUAGGUUGGCCAUCACCUCCUGGGUCAGUGGCUCUAUGAACUCUCUCAUCCAUACUGCCAUCACAUUUCAGCUGCCCAUGUGCACAAACAAGUACAUUGAUCACAUAUCAUGUGAAAUUUUGGCUGUGGUCAGACUGGCUUGUGUGGAUACUUCCUCCAACGAGAUUGCAAUCACGGUUUCUAGCAUUGUUCUGCUGAUGACACCUUUCUGCCUGGUUCUCCUGUCCUACAUCCAGAUCAUCUCCACCAUCCUAAAGAUCCAGUCCACAGAGGGAAGAAAGAAAGCCUUCCACACCUGUGCCUCUCACCUCACAGUGGUUGUCCUGUGCUAUGGUAUGGCGAUUUUCACUUACAUCCAGCCCCGCUCCAGCCCCUCUGUCCUUCAGGAGAAGUUGAUCUCUCUCUUCUAUGCUGUUUUGACACCCAUGCUGAACCCCAUGAUUUAUAGUGUAAGGAAUAAGGAGGUGAAGGGAGCCUGGCAGAAACUAUUAGGGCAGUUAUCUGGAAUAACGUCAAAACUGGCAACUUGA